GCUGCUUGACCUGGGCACAUGCUCGCCACUCCUCACCCCCCUCCCCUCCCUGCUGCCUCACCGCACCUCACGUCACUCCCUCGCCUCCCCGUUUCCUCUUGCACACCAACCCACCUGCUCUCCCUCACUCCCUGGCCUGCCUGCCUGCCUGCCUUGCUUCGCAUCCUCCUCCCCCUCCCCUACCUCCCUCACUCCCCUUGUACCACCAUUACCACCACCGUCUCUUCUCCGUUGUAUGUCACUCCUUCCCUCUCCGGUUGGAUUCCCAACAUACCGGUUUCUUCGUAACUGGUAGUGGACUGUGGGUUGAAACACAUAAGAAAAGUCCGCUUUGAUUGAGGAAGCGGGGCAUCAAUUUGGGUUUUGUGGCACAGAUUAGGAAGAAAUGCAAGGCACGCUAGGAGUGUCCUUAAGACCUUGCACUUCGUUACUCCAUGCCACCCUGUCUCAUAAAACUUCUUCACCGUCCCUCGCCAACUUUGGACAACGUGUGGUAUUAGCUUGUGCUUUAGAAGGGAGAAAUAGGAAUAGAUAUGAAAACAUUCGCUUUAGAAUUGCUUCUGGACACAAGGUUUGGCCCCAUGGAGAUGUCGAGAGGACGUUAGGGUUUGGGGUUAGGCGGCCCCUUGUCGUAGUUGCUGCUAGGAGGAAUAUGCUGGCGGAGCUUCAGAGCAUUAAGGAGGAAGCAGACGCAGCUGGUCCGCUAGAGUUUGACUCGCCGCUGGAAGUAAUCCUGUAUCCAGAUCCAAGAUUGCGAGCCAAGAACAAAUUUAUCAAGGUUUUUGAUGAUAAACUUCAACAGCUUGUGAACGAGAUGCUUGACGUCAUGUACAAAACGGACGGUGUUGGCCUGGCAGCACCUCAAGUGGGAGUCAAUGUGAGACUAAUGGUAUACAACCCCUCUGGAGAAAGGGGUAGCGGGAAAGAGUAUGUAUUAGUGAACCCUCGUAUUGUGAAGUACGGAAAAUCUCGGGAUCUUUUUGAUGAAGGUUGCCUUUCCUUUCCAGUCUUGGAGAGAGGUCCUAAUCAAUCUCUGACGAUCGAGGCAGAAGUUGAGAGGCCCAAAUCAGUGAGGAUUGAUGCUCAAGAUAUUAAGGGGAAGAAGUUCAGUAUCAAUUUGAAGGACUUUCAGGCUCGUAUUUUCCAGCAUGAAUAUGAUCAUCUUGAGGGAAUUUUAUACUUUGAUCGAAUGACUCCAGAAGUGCUCGACACCAUUCGACCUGAGCUUGAGAAGCUUGAGAAGCUGUACGAGGAGCGAACAGGCCAGCCAUCUCCCGAGAGAAUUAGUGAGAGGCGGUAAACGACAGCGUGUUCUCAUCAUUUUAGGGAUGGAUUAAUUGAGUUUUAGAUUUUGAUCGCAUAAAAUUAUGUAGUAUGUAGUAUAAUUUGAAGGUCUGAUUUUGUACAGACGUUUUUCUGCACUUAAUAUGAAUUACAUGAUGUACGUUGGAGAGAAUCAGUCCACUCAUGUUCUCUUCUGCUCCUCUUGGUGGACCCUACGUAGAGUUCUUUAUGCAGCCUACUUCAACUAGCCUGCCCUGUAGUUUUGCAUUUGGUGUUGGUGCCGUAAAUCGUGUUGAACCCUAAGCAGAGGCUGGAUACAAGGGAAAGGCAUCUAAUGGAAGGAUGAUGCUGCAAAGCAUAUGGUUCUGCAAGUUGCCAACUAAACUUGCCUUCGUCAAGCAUCAUCAUUUUCUAGGGCUGCUCUCGUAGAAUGCGCCAGAGUGGUCGUGUGAGCCUGGACACUCUCAAGUGAAAGCUCUAACAGGAGCUGUUGUGAUACCGCUGUUAGCUUCCUCUACUUCUCUGUUCUGGUUUAGUCUGCUGCCUCUGAUAUGACAAGUAUCUCGGGUAUGGACUUCCAGAGAAUAAAUAAGUAAACGUACUUGAGCUUC